AUGGAUGAAAGCGCAUACAAAUGGCGUCCUCCGAAGCCAAAUUACCUGCCUCACAACGUCGACGCUGACCAGCCCGUAGUCGAGGACUACAUACAGCUGGGGCAUGCCAGCGAUCUGGAAAAUGCCACUUACUAUAACAAAUGCAAGCGCGCAGCCCAGUCGUACAACAUCACCAGGCCCAAGGGAUACAAUGUCUCCUUCCACGCAAAUCCAGAGAUGGAGAAGCAUCAUUUCGGCCAGACGCAUCCCAUGAAGCCGUGGAGGCUGACCCUCUCAAAAAGCUUGAUCAUGUCCUAUGGCAUGAACUUUGCCAUGGACAACUACGUCACAAGAGCUGCCACAUAUGAGGAGCUCAACUCAUUCCACGCCAACGACUACCUGGACUUUCUUGGAACCGUUCUCCCCGAACCAGUUCCCCGUGAUAUAGAGAAUCCCGGGACAGAGCUUAAGUUCAACCUCGGCGGCUCGGACUGUCCGCUGUUCGAAGGGCUCUACGACUACUGCUCCAUGUCUGCCGGAAGCUCCUUAGAUGCUGCGCGGAAGAUCUGCACCAAGGAGUCGGACAUCGCUAUAGCCUGGGGCGGCGGCCUUCAUCACGCAAAGAAAGCUGAGGCAUCCGGGUUCUGCUAUAUCAAUGAUAUCGUCAUUGCGAUAUUGCAACUCCUACGAUGUCACCCGCGGGUGCUCUACAUCGACAUUGAUGUGCACCACGGUGAUGGCGUUGAAGAAGCAUUCUUCAGCACCGAUCGCGUCAUGACUGUCUCCUUCCACAAGUACGAUCCAGCUAACUUCUUCCCUGGUACGGGUGGACUGGAUGACAAUGGUCCUAAGAGCGAACAUAAUCCCGGCGCCCACCAUGCACUCAACGUGCCACUCCAGGAUGGCAUUUCGGAUGAGCAGUAUACGUGGCUCUUCAAAUCGAUCAUCACUGAAAUCAACAAUCGUUUCCGACCGUCCGCGAUCUGCCUACAGUGUGGCGCCGACAGUCUGGCUGGGGACAGACUUGGCCGAUUCAACCUGCAAGUGCAGGGCCACGGUGCUUGUGUUGAGUUCUGCAAGUCGCUUGGCCUGCCGAUGAUACUCUUCGGUGGAGGUGGAUAUACGCCCAGAAAUGUCGCCCGUGCUUGGACCAAUGAGACUAGCAUCGCCAUCGAUGCGCAGGGCAAGAUUGACCCGAUAAUUCCUCUACACGCGCCAUGGCGCGAACACUUUAGACAGGACACCCUUUUCCCUACGCUGGAGCAGAUUCUAGGAGAGCCGCGUGCGAAUAGGAACCAGCAGAAGCGGCUGAACGAGAUCGUCCAGCACUGCACCGAGCAGCUACGUUUCGUCAACGCCGCGCCCAGUGUGCAGCAGAAGCUAAUACCGCCUGAUCUGGGCGGCAUACGCGAUGAAGUGGAGGCGAGAAUCAAGGAGGAGAAUGAUGAGAAGAACCACAACCUCAGGAAACUACGGGAGGAGGGGGUUGGUAUUGCGAUGGAGUAUUAG